AAGGCCAACACCCACAACCCUCCGACCCACAUUGCAGCAUUCUGCUCACGCACAAAUUCACAAACUGUGCCUCACUUUGUUUGUCGACUGAUCAAUCAAUCAAUCAAAUCGUAGCGAAGAAAAAUGAGCGGAGCGGGGAAGAAGGUAGUCGACGUUGCAUUCAAGGCCGGGAAGAAUAUUGACUGGGAAGGAAUGGCGAAGCUGUUGGUCUCCGAGGAGGCUCGCAGGGAGUUCGCCACCCUCCGCCGCGCCUUCGACGAGGUCAUCACGCAGCUCCAGACCAAGUUCAGUCAGGAACCAGAACCCAUAGACUGGGAGUAUUACAGAAAAGGAAUUGGAUCUCGCUUGGUUGAUAUGUACAAGCAGGCGUAUGAUGAAGUUAAAAUUCCCCAGUAUGUUGACAAUGUCACUCCUCAAUACAAACCCAAGUUUGACGCUCUGUUGGUAGAGCUGAAAGAAGCAGAGGAGAAGUCACUGAAGGAGUCUGAAAGAUUAGAAAAAGAAAUUGCAGAGGUUCAAGAGCUGAAGAGGAAGCUUAGUACCAUGACAGCUGACGAAUACUUUGAAAAGCAUCCUGAACUCAAGAAGAAGUUUGAUGACGAAAUUCGAAAUGAUUACUGGGGCUAUUAGUUUUGACUCGCUAUAGCUGUUCUUGGAACUCAUAAAGGUGAAUGUUCCGAGCUCAAAGUGCAAUUUAGGAAUAAAGAGAAGAAUGAUUUUGUUUUGUCAUUUGAUUUUCAGGGUUUUUCUUCAGAUCCGAAAGUAAAUUUUAUCCUUGGGAUUGUUAUUACAGUUCCCGUUGGCCGAUUAAAAUGUGUUAAAAUAUUGAUAAGAGUGACUUUCAUCCCUCAAACUUACCUGCAUUUCCACACUCAGACAGACCUUUUACCUUAGGAUUCAAAUGAUGGAACAUUUUCUGAAUUAAUGUGCGUUCUUGUGCA